AUGAUAGCAAAGGGAAGUCGCCCCUUCAAUGAUGGGGAUUUUGUAAAAGAAUGCAUAGAAAUUGCCGCUAAGAAAAUGUGUCCAGAAGCAGCAAAAAAGUUUGAGAAAAUUCAACUGAAUCGUAUGACUAUCCAAAGACGAAUUAUGUCUUUGUCAGGUAAUAUUGCGGAACAAUUAAAUGAAAAAACUAAGAUCAUUGAAGUUUUUUCAUUAGCAUUCGACGAAUCCACUGAUGUUAGUUCCACAGCUCAACUUCUGAUAUUCAUACGAGGUGUUACUCAAGAUUUUGAAGUCUUAGAAGAGUUAUUAGGAAUGUGUUCAUUGAAAGAUCAAACCAGAGGAGUUGAUAUACUCAAUGUACUUUUGGAUGAGUGUUCAAAAACUGAUUUGGACUUAUCAAAAUUAUCGGGAGUUGCGACUGACGGUGCUCCUUCGAUGAUUGGUGUCAAUUCUGGGCUAGUUACUUUGCUGAAAAAGCAUCUGCAAGAAAAAAACAUAAACGCUGAAGAUCUCAUGCAGUUUCACUGCAUUAUACACCAAGAAGCCCUCUGUUCUAAAAAAAAAUAA